UUGUCAGCUGAAUGAAUGGCAUAUGCAAUGCGAAUGUAUAUUGACUUAUCGAAUGUACAGUUUUGCUAUCCACCCCAUUGUUUGAGGUAUGCAUAUUAAAACUGCAAGGUCUGCGUGUGCAGCAAGAGAAUAUUUGGUUUGGACGUCGGGAGUUUGUCAGCAGCAGUUAAAUGAUGGCGACUGGUCUAAGCGGCUGUUGGAAGCUCCUUGGAUCACUUAGCCGUGCUUGUGUACUUUCCUUUCUGCUUAUCUGCGCACACUGUCACACAUGUAACCACAAAGUGCCCUUGCCGUCAGAAGUAAUACAUGAGGUAUAUCUGAAACCGGGGAGACUGACUAAAAGAAGCACUGAGCAGCAGUUAAAGGUUCAAAUUGUUUAUGACUCCAGUUUGGAUGUGUUGGAUGAAGACAAGAGCAGCCUUGUAAAGGACAAGCUCUUCCCACAAGCCAUUGAUUAUCUUCAGAGGGCUUUCAAAGUGCGCAGACAGACAGGCACUGUGUUACUUAGCAGACAAUGUGCAACAAAUCAGUAUCUGAGAAAAAAAGAUGAUCCUCAUCGUUAUUGCCAAGGAGCUUGUGCAGGUAUCACAAGAUGUGGACCAGUUAUUGUACCUGAGCAACAUUUACAGCAAUGUAGGGUGUGCAGUGAGAUGGGGAAGUCCUGUGGACCCGUGGGGGCCCCGGAUGGCGAGGGCGUGGAGAGUGCCGAUUUCCUGCUGUAUGUGAGUGGUGUGACAACAGAGCGCUGUGGACAGGAGAACAUUGUGGCCUAUGCAGCAUACUGCCAGCUGGAGGCAGAACUAGAUAGGCCCAUUGCUGGAUAUGCUAAUUUGUGUCCAAAUAUGAUCUCAACUCAACUUCAGGAGUUCGAGGGGAUGCUAUCAACUGUUAAACAUGAGAUCAUACAUGCAUUGGGAUUUUCAGCAGGGCUGUUUGCGUUUUACCAUGAUGAUGAUGGGAAACCACUGACACCACGCUUUGCUAGUGGCUUGCCAGCAUUCAAUGAAAGUCUGGGCCUUUACCAAUGGAGUGAUAAAGUCAUAAAGCGGGCAGCACGGUUGUGGGACCUCCGAGGUGGUCGCAUGGUUCAACAUGAGGUCCAUCUUAUGGUGACACCACGGGUUGUAGCGGAAGCUCGAAGACAUUUCAAGUGCCCUAUUCUAGAGGGCAUGGAACUGGAAAACCAGGGUGGCAUAGGCACAGAACUGAAUCACUGGGAAAAGCGCUUACUGGAGAAUGAAGCAAUGACUGGAUCUCAUACUCAGAACAGAGUGUUUUCCAGGAUCACACUGGCUAUAAUGGAAGAUACAGGGUGGUACACUGCCAACUAUAGUAUGGCAGAGAAUUUGGAAUGGGGCAAAGAUUUGGGCUGUGACUUUGUGAUGAAAAGCUGUAAAUUCUGGAUUGACCGUCAGCGCCUGAUGAAUCCCACCCGUACCCCGUACUGUAACUCUGUGCGAGGCACUCCACUGCAGCUCUCUUGCAGGCAGGACCAGUUAGCAGUGGCUGUGUGUAACCUGCAGAAAUAUGGUCAGCCUCUUCCCCAUGAGUAUCAGUACUUUGACAGCAUCCCUGGAGUGCCUGAAGAGGAUUUGCCCUUGUAUGGAGGUGCAGUGCAGAUCGCUGACUUUUGCCCCUUCAGCCAGGAGUUCAGCUGGCACUUGAGUGGAGAGUAUCAGCGCAGCUCCUACUGCAGGAUCCAAGCAAACCAGCCAGACUCAUGGAGGAACUAUGCAGCUGAGGAGUACGGCCCCAACUCUGUCUGCCUGUACCAGAAGUCAGCCUUUGUCAUGGAGCAAUGCAAUAAACGCAUGACCUACCCAGACUGGGGAAGUGGCUGCUAUAAGACGACGUGCUCAGCAGAGGGGCUGCUGGUGUGGGUGCAGGAGCAGAGCUUCCUGUGCAUGCACGCUGGGCAUCUGCUCAACGUAAAUGUGAAGGUGAACGAUUGGGUGUACCGUGGUCAGCUGAUCUGCCCUGUGUGCUCACACUUCUGCAGUCACUGCCCCCUCCCUCACGAGCUCCCACCAAUCAGCACUAAUCGCAGUGUGCACAUAGACCCUUGUUCCAGCUCUUCUGGCUUGGUGGUGAAGUUGUGGCUACUGCUGCUCAACCUCAUUCCAUUGCUGGCAGGCUUCAUUCUCUGUGUGAGGGGCUGAAAUUAGGUCACAUACAUUAGGUCAGGGAGGGGAGGACACAGGCAUGUCACUGCCAUAGGCUUCUGUCUGACAUUCUUCUGUUAGCAGGGAAAGCAACACUAUGUACUCUGUACUGAUGCAUUAACUUCCCUUUGAACAUGAAGGCCAAUGUGAAUGUUAUUAAUGAGGGAUGGAAAAAGCCAUUGACUGUACUUUGCUUUGUGUAGAUAGCAAGUGCCAGUCAGCAGUUGUUCAGGCAAGAAGCCAUAGCCGUGCAAGCUGGUGGUGUGCAGUGGAUGACCUUGAAAUGCUGGUGCUAAUUUGUGGUGUUUUCAAAUUCCUAAUGUACAUGUAGCAUUGUGAUGUGUGUGUGUGUGUGUGUGUGUGUGUG